AUGCUGCGAUUCCCCGCCUCGCGCGCUGUGCUGCGCUCGCUGACCCCCGUCACCGCGCGCAUGCCGCUCAAUGCUGCCGCCAACAAGUCUCCCCUCGCCUCUAGGCUAUGCACGCUGAGCAACACCAAGCGGCCGCACGGCGCAGCGGCUGCGACCUGGAAACCGCCAUCGGCACCCCUGUUGCAGCGCCAGCGGUAUGCAUCAACCCAAUGGGACAAGGUGGACAAAAAGGCAGAGCAAGACGUCGCCCACAAGAAGCUCGAGCCCGAACCCGAGCUGGUGUCGACGACAUCGUCAAUCCAUCCAAUCUUCGGCGAGGUCGGCACGCCCGAGCCAGAGAAGGAACAAGACAUGAUGAAGGGCAUCAAGCAGGAUGUGGAAACCAUCAAAGACACCUUCUCCCUCACCGAAGUCCCGCGCCAGGCAUACGUUCUUGGCUUGGCGGGCGUCCUGCCUUACCUGGGGACCUCCCUGUCCACCGUCGCAUGUGCUUACGAAGUCAACCAUGCGGCAGCGGGCGCCGACACAUUCUUGUCGCAACACACUGCAGAGGUGCUUCUGCAUGUCCUCGAGCCGCUGCAGGUUGGCUACGGCGCGGUGAUCAUCUCCUUUCUCGGAGCGAUCCAUUGGGGGCUUGAAUGGGCCGGGUACGGGGGCUACCAGGGCUACCGACGAUAUGCCAUUGGUGUUGCGGCACCCGCGGUCGCGUGGCCGACGAUCCUUCUCCCGGUCGAGUACGCGUUGAUUGCACAGUUCAUGGCGUUCAACUUCCUGUACUAUGCGGAUACGCGCGCGACGGUCCGCGGGUGGACGCCACCGUGGUAUGGCACGUAUCGGUUCGUGCUGACCUUCAUCGUCGGCGCCAGCAUUGUGGUCAGUCUCAUUGGCAGGGGCCAGAUAGUGGAGAACGUCGGCAAGCUGCCCAACCCUGUUGAUCGCGUGAUGCAGCUCAGGGAGGGUGCGGAGGAGGCGUUGGAGAAGGAGGAGGAGGCACGGAGGGCGGCCGUGGUGGCCCGCGAGGAGGGGGACGAGAGCGCGCGCAUCCCUGGCGGAGACCCCGAGAUCAAAUCGGGAUUGUGA